AUGACAACGAUCACACCAUCUCAACCAUGCCUAACGUCAAAUGACUCCGCCGUUCUCCAAGCUCUGUUCGAUGCAGAGUCCUCUCCAUCCUCCGGAAUAACCAUCGACUCAAAUUUGCCAUCCUGGUCCGCAAUCGUGAACAUCUCACAACAAGACCUCGCCACGCUAAACAAUCGCGAAGCGGAGAUUAUCCGCAAACUUCAAGACAGCGAGAAUCCGAGUCAAAAGACAAUUCAAUCGGCUCUAGAUGCGCUCGACGCUCUCAUAAGCAAAUAUCCCACCUACCCACCCGCCUACACAAACCGCGCUCAAACUAUACGCCUCCUGGUCGAUACGCAAUACAAACAAAGCCACCCCGAAAACACAGACUCAUCCGACGACGCUUUAUUUACACCUGAAGCGGCAGAUUUUUCUUCUCGCAUCUUUGCCGAUUUGGGACAGGCUAUUACUCUCGCGACCCCAUCUUCACCGGCGGAUGCAUUGUCGACAGUACAGGCACGGCUUUUGGCGGACGCGCACACUCAUCGUGGGUAUUUGCUGUUGAAGGCAGCGCGGGUUAAGAAGAAUACUGUUCUUCCACCGAUGGAAGAAGUGGGGCCUGAGCGGCUACGUGGAUUGAGUGCGGAUGAGUUGGAGGAAAUGGCUAGUCGGGAUUUCUUUUUGGGCGGCCGGUUUGGAAAUAAGAUUGCGCAGCAGCUUGCUGUGCAGACGAAUCCUUAUGCGAAGAUGUGUGGGGCGAUUGUGAAGGAGGCGAUGAGGAAGGAGGUGGAGGGGGAUAAGUAG